UCCCGUUGCGGAGCCGGCCCGCCGUGCCCCGCCCGCGCCCUGCCCCGUGCCCUGCCCCGCGCCCUGCCCCGCGCGCACACCCCGAGCCGGGCACCAUGGCGGGCAUCGCGGCCAAGCUGCUGAGGGACCGCGAGGCAGCCGAGGGGCUGGGCUCGCACGAGCGGGCCAUCAAGUACCUCAACCAGGACUACGAGCAGCUGCGGGACGAGUGCCUGGAAGCGGGGACGCUGUUCCAGGACCCCUCCUUCCCGGCCAUCCCGUCGGCGCUAGGCUUCAAGGAGCUGGGGCCGCACUCCAGCAAGACCCGCGGCAUCGAGUGGAAGCGGCCCACGGAGAUCUGCGAGGACCCCCAGUUCAUCCUCGGAGGAGCCACCCGUACCGACAUCUGCCAGGGAGCCCUGGGUGACUGCUGGCUGCUGGCUGCUAUCGCCUCCCUCACCCUGAAUGAAGAGGUGCUGGCUCGUGUCGUGCCCCCCAACCAGAGCUUCCAGGAGAACUAUGCGGGGAUCUUCCAUUUCCAGUUCUGGCAGUACGGUGAGUGGGUGGACGUGGUGGUGGACGACAGGCUGCCCACCAAGGACGGGGAGCUGCUGUUUGUGCACUCGGCCGAGGGGAGCGAGUUCUGGAGCGCCCUGCUGGAGAAGGCAUAUGCCAAGAUCAAUGGGUGCUAUGAAGCCCUUUCUGGGGGUGCCACCACCGAGGGCUUCGAGGACUUCACCGGAGGCAUCGCGGAGUGGUACGAGCUGAACAAGGCUCCGCCCAACCUGUUCCGGAUCAUCCAGAAGGCCCUGCAGAAAGGGUCCCUCCUGGGCUGCUCCAUUGACAUCACCAGCGCCGCUGACUCGGAGGCCGUCACCUUCCAGAAGCUGGUGAAGGGCCACGCGUACUCCGUCACUGGCGCCGAGGAGGUGGACAGCCGAGGGAGCCUGCAGAAGCUGAUCCGCAUCCGCAACCCCUGGGGCCAGGUGGAGUGGACAGGGAAGUGGAGUGACAACUGCCCCAACUGGAACACUAUCGACCCAGAGGUGCGGGAGAGGCUGACCAUGCGUCAGGAAGACGGGGAGUUCUGGAUGUCCUUCGGCGACUUCCUGAGGCACUACUCCCGCCUGGAGAUCUGCAACCUCACCCCUGACACGCUCACCAGCGAGUCCUAUAAGAAGUGGAAACUCACCAAGAUGGACGGCAGCUGGCGGCGGGGCUCCACCGCUGGCGGCUGCAGGAACUUCCCAAACACGUUUUGGAUGAACCCCCAGUACCUCAUCAAGCUGGAGGAGGAGGACGAGGAUCAGGAGGACGGGGAGAGCGGCUGCACCUUCCUGGUGGGCCUCAUCCAGAAGCACCGGCGGCGCCAGAGGAAGAUGGGCGAGGACAUGCACACCAUUGGCUUUGGCAUCUAUGAGGUCCCUGAGGAGCUAAUGGGACAGACCAACAUCCAUCUCAGCAAAAAAUUCUUCCUGACUAACAGAGCGAGGGAGCGGUCAGACACCUUUAUCAACCUGCGGGAGGUGCUCAACCGCUUCAAGCUGCCCCCCGGGGAGUACAUUGUGGUGCCGUCCACCUUCGAGCCCAACAAGGAUGGGGACUUCUGCAUCCGGGUCUUCUCGGAGAAGAAGGCGGACUACCAAAUUGUGGAUGAUGAAAUCGAUGCCAACAUUGAAGAGAUUAGCGUCAACGAAGAAGACAUCGAUGAUGGAUUCAGGAGGCUCUUUGCCCAACUGGCCGGGGAGGAUGCAGAGAUUUCUGCCUUCGAGUUGCAGACCAUCCUGAAACGAGUCCUCGCAAAGCGCCAAGACAUCAAGUCUCAUGGCUUCAGCAUCGAGACCUGCAAGAUCAUGGUGGAUAUGUUGGAUGAGGACGGCAGCGGGAAGCUGGGCCUGAAGGAGUUCUACAUCCUCUGGACCAAGAUUCAGAAAUACCAAAAAAUUUAUCGAGAAAUUGACGUGGAUCACUCCGGGACCAUGAAUUCCUAUGAGAUGCGGAAGGCCCUGGAGGAAGCAGGUUUCAAGCUGCCCAAUCAGCUGCACCAGGUCAUCGUGGCCCGCUUUGCAGAUGACGAGCUCAUCAUCGACUUCGACUGUUUCGUCCGGUGCUUGGUCCGACUAGAAACCCUGUUCAAGAUAUUUAAGCAGUUGGACCCUGAGAACACUGGAACCAUCGAGCUCAACCUUAUCUCGUGGCUGUGUUUUUCUGUACUUUGAAGUUAUCAUUAAUCUGCCCGAAGACUUCCGGAAAAGGAAACUCAGCUUUGGACUCAACUUCCACAGAGAAUUAUUUUUUAUUUUAACCUGGACCUUGAACUUGAGGGAACAUUUACUUAAACUGAUACAAUACUAUUUGAGAUAGAACUUACAGUUAUCUAAGGGCUGCAUAUCACUAUACUGAACCCACGCCAGGCACUUAACCCUCCUUAAGUUCAAAAGGAAGCUUGGAACCUCAUAGAUAUUUCUGACUUCCACACACACACCUGUCUGUAGCCAUGUUACAUCAGAAAAAUAAUGCAGGGACUUAUUUAUCAGCUGAGCAAACAUUAAAUCCUCCUCAGGA